AUGGGAGUUCAUAGAAAGAACAAAACGAAGCAGAACAACAACUUUAUGGGGAGGAGCUUAAUGCGAAACAAACUGUUACAGAAAGAAAUUUCGGACAACAUUUUAUAUUCAAAAAUAGGAAAUGAUGAUAAAAAGAAAGUGAGCAAACAAAUUUCCGUUUUGGAUAAAACCCCCCUUGAUGAUUAUUUGGAUAAUCAGCUAGUCAUAAACAGCGUUGAGGUGAGCAAAGUGUUUAUACAGAAAAAUGAAAUAAAGGAAAAAACAAAAUUAAGAGAUAGGGACAAGGAGAAAGAUAUUCUGGACAUUCAGAACAUCCUUCUGCCAAUCCCUGGCAGACCAUUUCUUUUGAAGCACCAAGACAAGGUCAACAUAAUUCUCCACGAGAGGGAAAAUGCGCCAGCGAAGAAGAAGAAGAAAAAGAGGAAGAAUGUGAAGAAGAUUAGCUUCAUGAUGAGCGGCAAGAGUCUCAUACCGAUUAACGUGCGGAGCGCGAAGGGGGAGUCGUCACGGAGGCGAAAGGGGCGGCCCGCGAGGAAGGCACCGAAAGAUGAGGAGGUGGGGGCGGGAGUUCUUGCAGAGGGGGAAAAGGUAAAGGAGGAGGACGACGAAGAAGAUAACGAUGGGGAUGGUGAGGACGAAGUGGAGGAUGGAGAUGUAGAAGCUGAGGGGGAAGACGAAUACAAUGAUGAUGAUGAAAACGAUGAGGUCGACGAUUAUGAUGAUGACAACGAUGAUGAUGAUGACAACGAUGAUGAUGACAACAAUGACGACGACAACAACGAUGAUGAUGACAACGGUGAUGAUGACUUCGAUGAUGAGGUGGAUGAUGAUGGGGAAGACCCCGCUGCGGAGGGGGAGGCCCCGCGGAACCUCAAGUACAUGCGCAUGUACGAGGCGCUAGGAAAAAAGUACAAUCGGAUGAACGUGCAGGAGGUACUCAACAAGGAAAGCGUGGACAAGUAUGAAUUGGAACACUUUGUCGAAUGGAGAAAGUUGCUAAGCAUCGUAGAAGAGGAGGAAGGGUACACAAUCACACCGUACGAAAAAAACAUUGAGUACUGGAGACAGUUAUGGAGAGUGAUAGAGAAAUGUCACAUCCUCUUUUAUAUUAUCGAUGCAAGGAAUCCUAUGUUUUUCUAUUGUCAGGGGUUAGAAUAUUAUAUUAAAAAAGUAGACCCCAGGAAAGCAUUUUACAUCAUCCUAAAUAAGUCUGAUUUCUUAAACCAUGAGGAAAGGAAAGAAUGGUUAGCUUUUUUUGAAAAGAAAAAUGUGAAAAUUAUUUUCUUUUCUGCCUUGAGGGAGUUAUACCACCAGAAUAAAGUGAUCAUUGAAGACCUUCCCCUCCCUGUAGAGGUGUACACAAAUGGAGUGUGCACUUCGGAAGGUAUGCAAAAAAAAAGGGAGGAAAUGUUCGUGACGGAAGGGAUGUCAACAUUAACGGAACGGUUACCUUGCGACCAGAUGAAUCUAUCCCCACCCAUGACACAGGAAGAGAACAAAAAGGAAGCCUCCAUUGAUGUGGGGCACGGAAACCUCAUUUAUGAAGAAAGGAAAAAUGAUCAAACGGAUAUAUUAAGCACAAACGAAAUGGUUAGUUUAAUUCAAAAAAUUAAGAAUGAAAAAAGAGGUGAGUACCACGAUAUAGAAAUAGGAGACUACAGUAUCCCAAAGUUUAUGGUAGGGUUUAUUGGUUUUCCUAAUGUAGGAAAAAGUUCCAUUAUCAAUUCGCUAGUUGGAUUAAAGAAGGUUAGUGUAAGUAGACAACCAGGAAAGACGAAACAUUUUCAGACAAUUCCGUUAAAUCGUCAUGGGUUCUGCUUGUGUGAUUGUCCCGGAUUAAUCUUUCCAUCUCUUGUGUUUAGUAAAUACGACUUAAUCCUUAAUGGAGUUUUUUCUGUGGAUCACUACAAAGGAAACUUAACCGACCUUGUUCAAAUUCUGUGUAAUAUAAUACCCCAUCAGUUAUGUGAGAAGUAUAGAAUUGAUAAGAGCCUCAUUUCUCAGAUUCACUUAGAUGCAGAAAAUGGCUUCGAAAAAGAAAAACAUUUAUAUUUAGAUGCUACAGAAUUUUUAACUGCUUUCUGUACUUCUAGAAGGUACAUCUCUGGGGGUAAAGGUGGACUCCUUAAUCUUAACUUUGCCACCAGACUUAUCAUUCGCGACUUCAUCACGGGAAAACUCAAAUACAACUUCAUGCCAUCUUACCUUGCUCGUAAUGCACACGUAUAUCGAUCGGGCGCAUCUCCCGGGGAUCUCCUGGCAGCCUCCGAGAGGGUGGACCAAGAUCACUUUUCGCAGGACCCGGCCGAGCCUCAGGAAAUUCUGACCACCAAGAGGAAGUUCCGUUACAUGCAAAAGAAACUAGUUAAAGGAAAGAAUGUGAUGAAGUACACCUCCUAA